AUGGACGUACACAUACACACCCUGCGCCAGAUCGUUGUCUAUGAAGAUCAUUCGGACGAGGCAGCCAUUCUCGCCCUACCCAGCCGAAGUUCAAGAAGCCAACGACCCUUAGCGCAAGAACUCGCUUCAGCGGUGUUUGUGGACGCCUCUCCUAUCAAGGCCGUCAUCGACUAUGAGCGCUACGUCCGCCAGGCCAAACGGAUAGUGCGGUCUCUUCAGGCCGACAGGCUCCACGCUCAACAACUCAAACUCGACAGGGGAGGCAAAUUGAAGCUUCUGCAAGGGCCUUGGGCGGGGCAAGAGCUCGAUCCCGUGUCGUUGGAGGGCCCGCUUGCCUUCCCCAUGCCCGUCACGAUUCCGCCGAGGAAAGAGUUUGAGCCCAUCUUCGACUUCUUGACCGAUGACAAGAAUGUCAAGGCCUACCUUGAUGGAACAUUGCAAGAUCCCAGCGUGCACGUGGGUAAGGAGCUGCUAUGGCAUACUCCGCUCGUACAGUUCGAUCGAGGUAUCAUCUACGAAGAUGGACGCCUCGACUUGUGCAAGAUGGUCUUGGGUCCGACGCACAUUUCGGCCCUAAUGGAUGCGCUGCACACGAACUCGCAUAUCACCCAGUUCUUGCUAGGCAAUAAUAUCAUUUCUCGUACCGGUGCAGAACGCAUCGCCGCCUUCAUAGAGCGGUUUCCCAACCGCGUGGAGACCUGGUAUUUGGCAGGAUGUCACAUCACGAAGCAGCCUUUGGAAAAGCUGGUGGCGGCCAUGACAACCUCGACGCGGAUCACGAAUGUUUGGCUCAAGCGCAAUCCGUUAGGCCCCGAUGCGGGCAGUCUGCUGGCUCAUCUGAUAAUCCAUACACAGCAUCUCCGUACGUUGGAUGUGGAGAAUACCUCAUUGGGCGAUGACGGCGUAGCGCAAUUCUUCAACGCGCUGCGAGGCCAACCUUCAUCGUUGCGCACGUUGUACUUGAAUGCGAACGGGAUGGGUGAAAAGGCGUCCAAAGCCUUGGCAGCGUACUUGGACGACCCGCAGACGCACCUGGAGAACUUGUUUCUGGCAUCCAAUCCGAUCGGCGAUGCGGGAAUAGUGCACCUCGCGCCUGCACUGGGCCACCACGCCACCUUACAGCGUCUUUCACUCGCCUCCACCGGCCUGGCCUCGAAAGGCAUAGCUUUGCUUUGUCAAGCACUGGCGGGCCACCCUAAGUUCAUGACGUUGGAUCUGCAGGCGGCACUGACAACCGGGGCACACGGACAACGUUACAAUUACAUCGACGGCAUCCAUGCGUUGGCUCGCCAUCGGCCGUACUGCCUUGACUACGGAGGAAAUGGCUACAAUUAA